CCUCACUUUUCAUCUCGCUUCGGCUUCCGUGAACAAACGUAGAAUGGUUUGCAUCAAGUUACAAAAGGAAGAAAACCGCAAGGCUUUCCUUGACAUUUUCCCUCAACUCGCUGAGGAAGUUCUUGCCGAGCUUCGCAAAUAUAACAUGCCCGAAGAUGCCUACCAAUGGACCAAAGACAACUUGUUCUACAAUGUUCCUGGAGGCAAACUUAACCGUGGUCUUUCCGUGGUGGACACCGUUCGCAUCUACAAGGGCGAUGCUGUCACUGAAGACGACAUCUUCAAGGCUUCGGUUCUUGGCUGGCUCGUUGAAUUUUUGCAAGCCUUCUUCCUUGUGUCGGAUGAUAUCAUGGAUGCUUCCAUCACCCGUCGCGGUCAGCCCUGCUGGUACAAGAAGAAUGGCGUCGGCAUGGUCGCGAUCAACGACGCUUUCAUCUUGGAAUCUUGUAUCUAUAUUUUCUUGAAAAAGUACUUCAAGAGCACCGAUUACUACAUUGAUCUCGUUGAACUGUUCCAUGAGGUGACCUUCCAAACCGAGCUCGGCCAGUUGUGUGAUCUCAUCACUGCUCCCGAAGACCAUGUUGAUUUGAGCAAGUUCUCGAUCCAAAAGCAUCAGUUUAUUGUCAUUUACAAGACUGCGUACUAUUCAUUCUAUUUGCCUGUCGCUUUGGCUAUGCACAUGGUUGGCAUCAAGAGCGAAUUGGCUUUCAAGCAGGCUCGCGAUAUCUUGAUUCCCUUGGGUGAAUAUUUCCAAAUUCAAGACGAUUAUUUGGAUUGCUAUGGUGAUCCAGCAUUCAUUGGCAAGAUCGGCACUGAUAUCCAGGACAACAAGUGCUCCUGGUUGGUGAACCAGGCUUUGGCUAAAGCCAACCCUGAGCAACGCAAGGUGCUUGAUGAUAACUAUGGCAAGAAGGAUGCCGCUGCAGAAGCCAAGAUCAAGCAGCUUUAUAUUGAUCUCGAAAUUGAGCCUACUUAUAAGGCUUAUGAAGAAAAGUCGCAUCAAGAAAUUUCUGCCCUUAUUGAUCAAUUAGACGAGUCAGCAGGUGCCAAGAAGGAAGUGUUUACUGAAUUCAUGAAUAAGAUCUACAAGCGCACCAAAUAAAGAAAAGUAAAAGACUGCUUUCCCAAC